AUGGGGUCGGAAAUGGAAGAGAGUAAAGAGUUUGUCGGAGAAAAAAAUUGGAAAAAGACAAUCUUUGGAAGGCUGAAGCCUUACCUCCUUUGUGUAUUUUGUUCUUUCUGUUAUGCAGCGUUCAACAUAAUCUCUAUGGUUUGCUUAGACAAAGGCAUGAGUCGUUAUGUUCUUGUGGCCUAUGGCUAUGUUUUUGGAACUGUAGCUACAGCUUUUCUAGCACUACUACUUGAAAGGAAAAUUGAGAACAAAAUCAGUUUACCAGCCUGCAUAGAUAUCUUGUUAUUGGGUCUUCUAGGAACUUCAGGGAGAAUAGUUUUCUACGCUGGAAUGGAAUACACUUCACCAGCCUUUGCAUCUGCCAUGAACAACUUGGUUCCAUCAAUUACCUUUAUUUUAGCAAUUUUCUUCAGGAUGGAAAAAUUGAACUUAUUGAAGCUCAGUGGCCAAGCAAAGAUUGCAGGAACUAUAAUUGCAUUUGGUGGUGCCACACUCAUGACCCUAUACAAGGGUAUUACUGUGGUUUCCCUGCACGCUUCUCACACUCAUGCUGCAUCAAAAAUACUCAUAUAUAGGAACUUGAUAAAAGGCUCUCUCUUGCUUCUUUUUUCAGACCUUUUAGCAGCAGCAUUCUACAUUGUACAGGCAACUGCAGUUAAAAAAUAUCCGGCUCCUAUGACUCUUACCACAUUAUCAGGCCUAUCAGGCACUAUAAUGGCAAUAAUUGCAGCUGCAGUUCCAGACCACAGAGCUUCAUCUUGGAGAUUAUCAUUGAAUAUUACUCUUAUUGCUCCUCUCUAUAUUGGCAUUGUCAUCUUUGGGAUUACAACUUAUAUUCAAACUAUAGUUGUGCGGACAAAUGGUCCAGUUUUCGUGACAGCAUUUAGACCACUGAUAACAGUGAUUGUAGCUAUCAUGGGACCUUUUAUUUUAGGCGAGGCAUUGCACUUGGGAGGGAUAAUAGGAGCUACAAUGAUAAUUCUUGGCUUGUAUGUAACUCUGUGGGGUAAGGAAGAAGAGAAACAGAGCAGCAGUCAUCAGUUGGAGACUCCAGUUAUUUGUGAUCAAGAAAUUGAGAUUAGAUCACAAAAGUAA